AGAUAGUAUUGUGUAAUGUGUACAAAUUGUUAUAAAUUAUAAUUUCGUUUAGAUUGUGCUAGAAUUAUAAUUUAUUAAUUAUUAGCUAUUGCCUAUUGGCCAUCCAUUUAAUCUUAAUUAUCAUUAAUGAGUAUAAAUCAUAGUUAAGGAACUACAUAAAUGUUUAUGUGAACAUCAUAACAUCAUUUAUAUAUAAUUUAUAUAUAUAUGCAUCUAUAAUAGUCGUGAUAUUAUGUAAUAGGUAUUGCAAUUUUAGAUUAUUGACUACUAUGAGUUCAUAUACUCGAUAUAGCUGAUACUAUCUAGUUAUGUAUACUAGUCAACAUAAUUAACUUGGAUAACGCCUAAUUUUAAACAUCAUUAGGUAUGCAAUUUAUUUUUUUUUCAUCAUAUUUUUAUUAUAUGGCAUAAUUUUUUGUGUUUGUUUUUAUAAUAUUUAAUUAAUAAGUUAUAAACAGUGUAAUAAAUCUAAAACAAAAUUAAUUAAUUCGAUUUACUCGCAAGCCAUGAGUCAUACAGAAUCAACAAAAGAAAAUGGAUUACCAUUUUAUGCAAGUGGUCUAGUUGUUAAAGGAUUUGGACGAGGAUCAAAGGAUUUGGGUAUUCCUACUGCUAAUUUUAGUCGUGAUGUAAUAAAAGAUUUACCUGAAAACAUAAGCACUGGAGUAUAUUUUGGAUGGGCACAAGUUGACAAAUCACCAGUUUACAUGAUGGUUAUGAGUAUUGGUUGGAAUCCGUUUUAUCAAAAUAUUGAAAAGUCUAUGGAAAUCCAUAUACUUAAACAAUUUGAUGAAGAUUUUUAUGGAUCUAAUUUAAAAGUUAAGGUUGUUGGUUUUAUUCGACCAGAAUUAAAUUUCAACUCUAUGAACUAGUCAAUACUAUUCAUUCCGACAUUGAUUAUGCAAAACAAAAGUUAGAUGAAAAUGACAAAAAAGAUGUAUUCUUCGACUUAUAAAUUGUAAGGCAAUUUAAAUUUAAAUUUAUUAUUCCAUAUUGUAAUGAGUAUAAGUAUCAUAGGCGUGCGUACGGGGGCAGCAGACUGUGCUAUUGCUGCCCCUGAAUGAAUAGAUUUGUUAGGACCUAACAAAUACAACUGUCCAUGCUGGGCCACCGUAUAAUGUUCAUUAAAAAAUAUGAGCAAAUCUUUUCUGUGUUUAAAUAGGUCUAUCUCAACACAUACCACAGUAUAUUAUUAAGAUUCAUUAAAGAUUUAUAUGACGUAUAAUAUCUAAUAUAAUUUAUCAAAAACUAAAAAUAACUAGGGUUUCCCUUGUUCCAUCAUCACGAUGCAGUAGCCAGUAGGUACAGUAAACACUAGUAUUAAUUUCAUUACCACUUCCCCCUAAGGCCGUUUGUAUGAAAAAAUUGUUCGCUGGACCUGACUUAAAACUCUGCGUGCGCCUUUGAUAAGUAUAUGACAAUUAAAUAUAUUCCUUUAUGUUUUAUAAGGUUGUAUCGUCACUUUAUUUUGUUGAUAUGUAAAAAAAAUACAUCAUUAUUGUUAAAUAAUUUUAUUAGUAACAAGAUUAAAACUAUAUAUUGACUAAACUUGAUUAUUAUUAUUUUAAAUAAAAAUGCACAUUUUAUAAAUAAG